AUGGAGUAUCGCUACUGGGGCUUCAUUGAGGGACAUCCCGCGCAUCAAGCGAUCUCUACGGAGACUCGCAAGGAAGCCAUGGACGCGCUCCAGUGGUCUUACACAGACUCUCUCCUUCCCUCCGCGCGACCCGCACCGCCUCCAUUUGCGCCCCAGGAGUGCCAGGAGCUGAUGAACAUGCUCCGCUCCUUCGACAGCAACUCCACAAAUGUCAUGGUCGUGCAGACCCGUAUCGUCUCUCGUGUCCUACUGCGUAUUGCGCAAUGGCGGCAGAUCUACUUCCGCCCCAACAAGCCCUUACCCAAGGAUGCGAUCAAGGGCGUCACCGAGCCUCGGCGCAAGCCGUUCAUUCGCGCGAUCACCGACUUCGUCAUCGGCUGCUUGUUCCUUGGCAUCCCGUACCUGUUCAUCGGCCGUACGCACGGCACGACAUUCGACGAGGAGAGCGGCUUGUACAGUGCGGGUCCCAUGCUCAUGAUUAGCGCGUGCGCUUGCCUCGUGGCUGCUGUUAUCCUGAGCGCAUCGGUAACACUUCUGUCGCUGCCCCAUCUAGACGAUAUACCAAGGGUAGCUGGGUUUAUCGCGAUCGUCUGCUCGGGGGCGAGUAUGGUGUCGGCGGUCCUAGCGCUGUUCCGAUACAAGACGGAGAUGGAUAGGACUGUCUACUACCUUGGUGGAGAGGGGAUGAUGGUGCUGUCGAGGCGAAGCGUCAUUUUCUCGUUGCCUCUCGUCUUCCUAGCGUGGGCUAUUGCGGCCUUCAUGACUGGGAUCACUCUAUACUCCUUCCGCGGCGCGUCGGUGGCCAACCGCGGCCAGAUCACUCAACCCUUCGCCCCAUAUACACACUGGGCCGUCGUCGGCACGCUAGGGGCGAUUGGCGGCAUGUUGACCAUUGCCGCUGUUUUCUCUCGCCGUUGA